UAGAUAAUCCAAUUUGUUACUGGGACUCUUGAAUGAAGAUUCAUGAGAACACAUAGCAUUUCAUAAAGUCCAGCUAUUGCAAAACUGUAUUUCAGCAUCUUUAAAUAAUUGACAACUGCCUGUUGGAAGGAAGCUCUCUUGUGUAGAAAUGAAGCAUCUGAAAUCCUAUUUUUACACAUCUUUAUACCUGUGUUUUCAGUUUUAUUUUGAAAAAGCUUCCCAUCGUAGAAUUUUUGUGCACUAUAUAUCUGGCUUGCUGGGGUAUUAGGGGGAAAGCUGAAUGUAAAUGGAAGAUUAUUAGUGCCAUUCAGUGUUCUCUAUCUAGAGAAAUUGCUGCAGUCUGUUAGAUGACUAGCAGGAAACAACAUGCCUGCAGAAAACAUGAUUUGCAUUUUUGCCAUCCACUGUAUUCGAGUGGUUACCAUAAGAGAGGAAGAAAAGACAUUGCAUCUGAAAGAAGACUGUAUAAUAGGGUGCACGGUUACAUCAUCUAGAGGAAAACAGCUUGCAGACACAAAGAGGGAGUCGGAAAAAAGGCUUGGCUUAGCAACCUGCUACUGGGAUUCAGACAAAGAAGGUAGGAGAGAAGCUGAGUGAGAGAGCAACAGUUACUAAUGCCAGCAAAGGGAAAUCACACCAUCGCCUUCUCCAUGGCAGAAGAGGCAGCUGUACACAACAUCAUUUCCACUUUUCAACAAAAGUAAGUUUUGGGAGAAGAUAAUGACUGUCUAAAAUGUGUACUCCCUUUUAAAAAUGCCUUCACAGAUGCACUGUUUUUUGGUAGUUACUGUUUGUACUGGAAUCACUUUUCUAGUGAUCUUCAAUUUCAGUUUUGGAGAUAGCUUUCAGAGAUCCAGUGUAACAGAUACGUCUGGUUUAUCUAAAGUCUGCAAAUUAGUUUUCGAAGGGAAAUUGUCAUUCCUGUGGGAAAAUAGUCUCACGAUAUCACCUGACAAAUCUUCUUGUGAUAAAUAUCUGAUUCAAAGUCACUAUAUAACCAAGCCUCUGUCUGAGGAAGAAGCUGCAUUUCCUCUGGCCUAUAUGAUGGCCAUCCACAAGGACUUUGAAACCUUCGAGAGACUCUUCAGGGCCAUUUAUAUGCCCCAGAACGUGUACUGUGUCCACGUCGACGAGAAGGCUGCGGUCGAAUUUAAAACAGCUGUGGAGAAAUUACUGGACUGCUUCCCCAAUGCCUUUGUGGCUUCCAAGCUGGAGCCGGUUGUCUAUGCCGGAAUAUCCCGGCUGCAGGCCGACUUGAACUGCAUGAGGGACCUCGCUGCCUCGGAGACACAGUGGAAGUACCUCAUCAACACCUGUGGGCAAGAUUUCCCCCUGAAGACGAACAGGGAGAUCAUUCGACACCUGAAAAGAUUUAAAGGCAAGAACAUCACCCCAGGGGUGCUACCUCCUGCCCAUGCUGUGGGAAGGACGAGAUAUGUUCACAGGGAAUACUUGGGUCAGGAGCGCUCCUAUGUAAUAAACACCCAGGUCCUGAAGAGCUCUCCCCCACACAACCUGACCAUCUACUUCGGCUCAGCUUACGUGGCUCUCACAAGGGAGUUUACCAACUUUAUUUUCCAAGACCCCCGGGCUGUUGACUUGCUUCUGUGGUCUAAGGACACUUACAGCCCAGAUGAGCAUUUCUGGGUGACCCUCAACAGGAUUUCAGGUGUCCCGGGAUCCAUGCCAAAUGCAUCCUGGGAAGGGAAUCUGCGAGCGAUAAAAUGGAAUGAUAUGGAGCAACAGCAUGGAGGCUGUCACGGCCAUUACGUACGGGGCAUUUGCAUCUAUGGAACCGGUGACUUAAAGUGGCUUUUUGAUUCCUCCAGCAUGUUUGCCAACAAAUUUGAGCUUAAGUCAUACCCGCUUACUUUGGAAUGCUUGGAACUGAGACAUCGAGAGAGAGCUCUGAACCAAAGCGAGACUCCAGUAGAGAUUAGCUGGCACUUUUAAUUCACAGCUCCUCCCAACUCAAGGGAAAUGGUGCAGAAAGAAAAAUUCAGAAUAGCCAAUGGCUGUUGUUUUGGAAGGGAGCCCUCCCUUCUAUCUAAACACUGUCUUUGUCACACUUCUCACAUAACAGGUUAAGUCUGCAACUUCAGCACUGAAAGUUUCCAUUAUCCACAAUAGAACAUAUUCUAGCAUGGAAGCUGGUUAUAUUGUGAAGCAUAAUCUGUUGUACUUGCACUUUGUCCAUCUAUGGCUGCUUCUGUCUACAGGUUUAGCUUGGGUAUAUUGUCAUAGACACUUACAUCACAGUUGUAUGUACACCCUUCCUGUAGUCAUCUCCACACAGUGUACAAGGGAAUAGAAUUAUCCCAAUUUGAUUUUAUUUUUUUUGAAAAGCAGAAAGGUUCAUCUUUAUAACAUGUGGUUAUAGGCUCACAGCCACGUAUCUACAAAUUCCGUUGUUCCCUGCUAAGCCACGUUGGACAGCUGAGGAAAUAGAACUGUAGACAUUCCGCCAUCUUCUCUCUAAAUCCGUGCUACUGAACUUUAAGAGUAUCUGGAUUUUGAGAAUGAGCAUUAAGUGUUUUGGGUUGUUUAUUCAUUGUAGUCUAAAAAAUUUUCAUCGAACAUUCUGGGAAAAGCACUGAAUUUUGCCUUGAGGCAGGUGUGAACAGCUGGACCAUUUGGAAAUACAGGGGGCAACAAUGUCUCCACUGUCAUUAUCGGGUUUUUCCCUUCUUUAAACCCCUCUUCCCCAUUCCCACCGCCAUCCCUGCAGACUUCUUGCAAGAAGGGAGACGAGAUAGGACAAGUAUGCCUGAUCGUAGCUGUGAAACUGAGAGAGUACGGUAUCUCUAUUGGUUGUUUUGGAGCUCUGGUGGUUGAGUCUGCAACCUAGACCUAGAAGGGUCCUUUUGCAUCGGACUCCAUGAGUUUCUGUUGACAGAAGGAUCCACAACCUCCUGUUCAAUAUUAUGCUAGGUAAGCACCGGUAGUUUGUAUUCUUUUUUAGAUCAGUAGAUCCCCAUUUCCUUUGAAAUCAAGCAGGUUGGAUUUGGGGGUUCAAAAGCUUGAACAGUCAUCCACCACUUUGAAGGCCCUCUGUGGACUGGGCAUUUCACUAGGCACUUGGGAACUUGAAAUAGAGGUAAAGCAAUGCAGGCCUUGACUACUAAUAGCCUUUUGCUUGUUCCCAGUUGACAGCUGGGACAAAUGGCUGGAGGCUGUUUACUGCCUCAGUUCACCAGGUGCCAUCCUUUGUGUAUUUUGGAAAUGGCAGGAAAGACCUAUAGAAAGACAACAGGGCAGUGGGAGCGGCCUCUUGAGUUUGGAAGAGGCCCAAACAUUACAUGUGAAACAGGCAAAAUAGCUAAUUUUUGCAGCCCCCAGAUGUACUCUGAAGUGAGGCUAGUCGAAUCUAACCCCCCAGUCAUUUCUCAUUCUUCACAACGCUCUACCUGUGAACGUUUAUUUGGUGCUGGAGGUUUGUUUCGCCCCCGACGGGUGUGGGCGUGAAACAGUUAUUUCCACUGGGAAAAAUAACCACUCCGAAAAAUGGAAUCAACACAACUGUCACCACUAGCCCUUGUGCCUCCAGCCAGGACUGAAAUGAGUGUUUCUGAAUGCUUGUGAGGACCGUUCAGUUUUAAAUGUGAAGUGUGUGUGUGUUUGGUGUGUUUUUUUUUUUAAAUUAAGUACAAUGCUAGUUUUUUAGGCCCUCAGAACUAAUAGUUAUUCACUUAUGUGGCCCCUUCCAAUGCCGUCGUAAGCGGAACUUGGAGAGAUGGUUUUAUGUGUUAAGCAGUAAGGUUUUAACUUUGCCUAACAGGUGGAAACUUUGAUGCUGAGAACAUAUGCCUGUAGUUAUAGGAGUAUGUCAGUGCUGCUGCCGCUCUGACUCCCUGAUGAGACCACGAGUUGGGAAGAAAGAAGGAGAGAGCAAGCUAACAAAAAGCCUCUUAUUAAAAUGCCUUCAUUCCACAUUUCAUCAAGCUACUCUCCUGGCCCAGGUUCCUUGCUGACCAAACCAAUUCAAACCAACAGGGUUAAAGGGCUCUUACAAGGGGUUCAGGUGUAACUGGCUAUAUAGACUGCAGGCACCUCAGCACUGGGAAGUCAAAAUAUGGUUGCGGGUCUUGAAAGACACUGAAAACCGAGGCAGUUACCUCAGCAUCUGGAAUAUCCCCCCCCGACCCCACUCCCCACCGGGGGAAUCCUGGUGCGUUAAUAUUUCAAGAUACUCAUGCAGUUCUAGAUUCCGGAAUUUGAUGGAGGUAGACUUGUUUCCAGCCAAGGAUUGAGGAGAUCAUAGAUUUACUGGCCUUUUGGCACACGCGAAACAACCCACAAUUAGCCAGGGUCUCUCCUGGGCUUUGAGUUGUCACGUAUUGAGGGGCAGGCACAGUUUACUUCCUGAGCCAGAACCUUCUAAUUGGGUGAGCUAAAACACAUUUACUCAGCAGUCUAUUCUGAAUCAGUUCCAGCACGGAAUGUAGUCAGAAAAGUUUGAUGACACUGUGUAAAUGAUAAUGGUACAUUUCUAGUCUGCUGUAGUAUCGAUCCCUUUAAUCUUCCGGAAUGCCAAGUAUUUUCUUUUUUCUCCUAAAAGUUUAUCUUUUUCUUUAGUGUGUUUAUUUGAUUGAUGCUAUUUGUACCACAUACAAAGGGAAAGGCACUGGUUUUCUUGCCAGUGAAAAACCAAGGCAGUAUGGCCAACUAGGCAGAGACAUAUCAUACCAAGAAGUAGCAACGGUAGGGUCAGAAAAUGUAAAUCCACCAAUGACUAAAGCCACUGGACUGCUCUCUCCCAGCAGCUGGAAGAACCCUUUCAGGUCUAGAAGGUAUUUACGUGUCUACAUGUUAUGUGUUUACAUGCCGAGUUAGAGGUUUGUUCACCCUUCCGUGGAUAGGGGAAGAGCUGCUGAUUUGACCGCUCUGCGGCCUGCCCUGAAAGUACUGCAAAUGUCUUUGUUAACAAUGUUCUGUGUUCUGUUUUCUUGGGAAUAAAUUAAUAUAAUAUUUUCCAAC